AGUACAGCGGUUAGCUAGCAGCAGGUUUUAUGUGACAGUUCAGCCGGUCAAAGAGCAAUUUAACCGGUCAAAACUAACACUUUUCUGGCAGACUGAAGAAGAUUGAACGCCACUUACUCUUUUUUACCUUGUAUUAGCUGUCAACAUGAGUCGAAGAGGAGGAGGUGAAAAGACGGAAACCACCGAUGAAACAUCCAGAGAAGCUGCUACUAACACCACAGAUCAACCAAACAAGAUGAAAGUCAUAAAUGUCGUUUACAUCAUCGCCGCUUUGGAUAUCACAUGGAUGUUUUUGCAGUUUUCCGUAACCCCUUAUUUGGCAAAGAAACUUGGCUUUGACACCUUGUGGUUUGGUUACUUACAAACCACAGUGGGUCUAGUCCAGCUGCUCGGGGGGCCACUGUUUGGAAGGUUUGCAGAUCUUUUCGGGGCUCGAGCAGCUUUGUCUCUGUCCUGCUCUGCAACCAUUGUUUUCUUCUUGCUGCUGGCCAUCGCAAACCAUCCUGCCAUGCUGUUCGUCCACAAACUCCCCACAGUCUUCAUGCAUGUCUUACCUGCUUCUCAGAUGGUCGUUGCGGACCUUUCCGAGCCAGAAAAACGGGCGGAUGCUUUAUCCAAACUCGGUCUGUGUUUUGGCGUCGGUAUGAUAGUCGGCUCCACGUUAGGCGGCCACCUCAGCAAACACUAUGGGGAGACGUUUGCUGCGUGUUUCGGUGCUGCAGGGAGUGCCUUCAGUUUAAUGUUGGUUUUAAAGUUCAUCCCAAAAACGACCAAAGUUCAAGCUCCAAAAACCACCACAGACAGCGCAGCUGAGAAAAAGAGUAAGUCAAUAUUUAACGUGGGAGAAAUCACAAGACUGAUGAAGUUUCCGGGCGUGACUCCGACUUUUGUGGUGAAGGUUGUCGCAGGUUUGCCAUCAGGAAUUUUUCAGGUGAUGUUCUCCGUCAUUGCGAUGGAGUUCUUCAAGCUGGAGCCUGAGCAGAAUGGCUAUCUGAUGGCGUAUUUCGGUAUAGUCUCAAUGGUCGUACAGGGAGGAGUGAUCGGUCGGCUCACGGCGAGAUACUCUGAGAGCUCGCUGCUGCUUCUCGCCAUUGGAGUUUCUGCCUUUGUGGGACUGGCUCAGGCUUACAUGCAGAACGUGUUCCAGUUCUGCCUCAUCGUCCUCCCGAUGAUGUUUUCUCUCAGUGUGUUUAACGUCAUCACAGACAGCAUGCUCACCAAGAGCGUCCCGUCCUCUGACACAGGCACAAUGAUGGGACUGUGCUCUUCUGUUCAGUCUCUUCUUCGCACAGUCGGACCGACCAUCGGCGGCUUCCUGUACGUGAACUACGGCGUUUCCUCAAUAGGUUUCAUCCAGUUCGUCGUGAAUAUCGCUGUGUUCAUGUUCCUGCUGCAGCGUCCGCUCAAGACAGACGAACAAAAGGACUGAAAUCUUUUAUUAAUCUUUUUUUUCUACAUCCUCUCAAUCAUAAAGGUGAUAGAAAGCCAUAUUUAAUUUCAGAAACAAUCUUUUUUCUUUUUUGUUACAGUCGCAUAUAUUCAAAGCGCACAUUUUUAGUUGUUAUUCACUGUGUUGUAAAGUCUGUUUGUGGAGAUUCAGGAUCAAACCACUAGAUGGCAGAAAAUCCUCUGUUUUACCUGAUGAUACGUUCAUUUACCAGAGUUCAUUAUUCACAUUAAUGUUACACUUUUACAUCAGUUUGCUGAUAUUAGAGGUUUAUUAAAUAUCAUCAGAAAAUGUUAAGAUGUGAGCCAACCAACAUGAUUCCUAAUUGAACAUAGUUAAAUCAGAACAAUAUAUAAUUUGUAAUGAAAGAUUAUUUUCUUAUAUGUAUUUUUGUAUUAAACAUUUAAUAAAUGAUUUCAUUUUUGUACAUUAAUUUAAA